CCCUUUUUCGUGCUCGAUCUCGAUGGUCAGAUUUAAUGAUUUAGACUUUCUACCACAGGCACACUUAAACAGUAGCUAACAGUUCUCAAUGGAGGCUUUUGGUUUCGAAUUUGCAGACACAAUGAACCAGAAGUAGCAGUGAUUUACUUAACCACUUUACUUUGGCCUAAUUAUGUAAGACUCUGAAGCAAGAACAGCUUCCACGAUGGUCGCAUCUGCUGCCGAAAUGGGAACAGGCUUCUCUGAAAAAAGUGCGAAUGGCGGCAACUACUCAAUGGUGCCGGAGCCGGAUCCGGAUCCAUGUGAUUGAGCCAUCAACGGCCCAUCAAAGCGCCAUCAAUUUUUGCAAGCCAUCGAUCCAUUCUGAUUCUCACAAUUUCUCUGCAGCUCAAGCUCAAAAGCCAAAACAACAAAGUCUUCUGACUCUUCUGCCUCUUCAUCUUCUCUCACAACAAAACUAACUAUUUCCACCAUGGACUGCAGCUUCAACAACACCGCCAUCCCCGAAGAAUACGUCUGCCCCAUCACCAUGUCUGUGAUGAAGAACCCCAUGCGCCACAACGAGACUGGCCACUGCUUCGAGCGAGAGGCCGUCAUGAACUGGAUCUACCAAGGAAACACCAAGUGCCCCUUGACUCGCAAGUCUCUUCAUCCUGAUGACAUGGCCCUUGACACUGAACUCCAAGCCAAGAUUGAAGCUUGGAAAAUGGAGAACUCGGAGCUCAGUCAGAGCCGCUGCGACUUUGAUGACAGUGCUGACUUUGAAUCCACUUUCAAUGACAUUCUGGAGAUCACCAACCGUAUCAAGUCCAUCACCGUCGAUCAACAACGACGACACAGCGCUCCCAUGCUAUCUCUAUCCUCCAAGAAAGAAGAAAAGGAAGCUGCCCCUGUUGCACGAACCAGUCUGGGAAGCAGCCGUCUGACCGACCUUCGCAUGAAGGUUCUCCAACGACGGGAUGACCGAAUCAAGACCAUGCUUUCCAAGGAAGAUCCUUCUCAAGGGCUCAAGGUUGAUACCACAACCGAUUUGUCUCUGGCUGGUCUCAUGGCAGCUCGCGUCUAAGCAUCAAGAUUUUGGAUAUUAUGUAUAGCCUCUGUAUAUUUUAAACUCCUAAAACGUUUCAUUUAUUAGAUCCC